GGUCAUAGGUGAUGGGUAACUAUCUCUUUUCUGAUCUGAGUGAUAGAGGGGAAAUGUAUGAAAUUGUUCGAGAUGCCUUCGACAGGUCGGACAUCUAAUUCUUGCUUCUCGUGCAAAGUACGGAAAGUAAAAUGUGAUAGAGGCCGGCCUUCUUGCGAACGUUGCCAAAAGAGUAACAUCCAAUGCGAAUAUGGGCCUGACGCAGUUGCACCCCGUGAACUUCAUGUCAUAGACUCGGUAUUCGGGGAACGAGUUUCAUCCUCCUCUUUGGAUGAUGCUGGAAAAUUACCCAGGGUCCCCCAUGAUAGCAUCUCGCAGAUAAAUAGCCGCUUAGACCGACUGACAAACAUUGUGCAAGGAUUUUAUCAAUCGCAAAAUCAAGGAGAUUCAGAAUCCGUGCGCCAGCUAAGAAACAAGCCUGAGAACUCUGGGUAUCUAGAACCCAAAGGCUACAAUGGAGCAACGUAUCUAGCUGACACACACUGGGCCUGUAUCAAUAAUGAAGUAAAUGAAAUUCGGUCUCUGCUAGGAGGAAGUUUGCAAACCGAUUAUUUCGGCUUGAGAAAAGAUGAGAAAAUCAGAUCAGGCCAAUCUCAUCCUGCCGACGAAAUGUUAAUGCCUCCGAAUACUCUCACGUCAGAUGGCCAUUCAAUCUCUACAACAUCGGAGCAAGUAUUUCAGCGAGCAUUAACUGCAAAUAUCCCAACGAAGUCUCAAUGCGACUUCCUUAUCAAUGCAUACAUGAUAGGCUAUCAUCCUAUAGCAGGUUAUGUGGAUACCACAUCGUUUUUCGAUCGCUAUGAAUUGUUUUGGUCUUGGGCUGCUGAUAUGCAGCACGUACACUCGCCCGAAACAUCUUUUAUCGCAUUACUCAAGGCGUUGCUCUUUGCUGGAUCAGUCUCAUGUGAUAUUGGACAGCGUUCGGUAUUUUUCCCUGCCGAGGAAAACCUUCACAUAUCGUCAAUACUUUCUGAUUCUGCCGAAAGAGCACUGAGAUUAGCAAACUUUCCCCGUGCACCUUCCAUAGAUGCGCUCACAGCCUAUAUGAUUCUACAUUCUACACGCCUUCGUGCUGAGGAACCUCUCGCCUGCUGUGCUUUUGUGGGCCUUGCGGUCAGAAUAGCUCAGAUGAUGGGGCUUCAUAAAGAUCCGAUACAUUUCAGUGGCUUCACACAACAUGACUCAGAAUUCCGAAGAAGACUCUGGUGGCACAUACUACAUAUUGAUACAAUCACCUCUAGCUGGGCCGGAAUGCCAUGGCUUGUCGACAGUUCUUCAUGGGAUGUUAAACCUAUCAGUGAAUUAAAGGAGCAAUAUGUCGGAUCUCAAGACGCAAGUGAAAUAGCGACGGACAAAAGCGAUGAUCAUGCGCAAUAUCAGUCUACAGUCGGCAUACUACUUGCUGGAAAAUUCGAAGAUUCAGGUAAAAAAUUUUUGAACCGGCGGCUGACUUCUGUGAAUUCAGCUGACCUGAAUUGCUUUGGAAAAGUAACAACGCGGAAUAUACUCGAUGUGAAAACCAAAGGCGAAGGACCAAGAGAAGCAAAAAUUGCUGAGGCGAAAAGACUGCUCGAAAAUCUGGAGUCCAGUCUUAGCAAUAGAAUACGUCACAUUGAGAAAUUAGAAAAUUACCAGCGGAAGAGCGGGAUUGAGGAUCAUGAGAACAAUCCCCGACUGAACCGAUUUGCAAAGCUGCUCCUAUCUGCUCUUAUCGACAAGACUUGGAGCUUAGUCUGUGACAAAAUCGCGCAAGGGCCAUAUCAUGCCAUUUGGCCGAACUUUCUUCCUCAAGCUAUCACGCAUUGUCAAAACCUAAUACGAAAGACUGUCAUACUGGCGUCCGUGGACGAUUUCUCUCCUUUUCAGUGGUCGUGGCCCGGAAAUCACCAGCCAUUACAUGGCUUGGCCGUACUUCUCAAAAACCUCGACCACGAGCCUCGCGGGCCUUUCGCAGAUUCCUCACGCUCAGUUAUUGAUGAAGCAUUCAGCCUUUGUUCCCCUGGAGGCGGUAUCACCGGUACCUCGAUAGAUGCUCCAUGGCCGACUUUGGAAGUCCCAUUCAACCAGCCAUCAGUUCAGCAGAAGCCACGACCACUGACUGAAAAUGGUCAGAGGACAUGGCAGUUUCUUUGGCAAUGGCGGGCUCGCGUCUGGUCAAAGGCGGGGCUCGAUCCAAAUAAUUGCAUGACGCGCGAGCAAGCGAUUAGUAGUGCGCAAGGCCAUGCAAGAGAACUAGGAAUUGUUGAAGAAGAUGAAGAUUGGCUCCUUUCAUCGGUCAAUUGGCAUCCUCCUCCAGACUUCUUCGACUUCGGCUCGCAACCCGGCCUAGGUGAGUGGGAUCAAUGGGAUAUGCUUAACGACCCUGGGAAGCUUUUCGAUCCAGACGUGCUCCCUGAGAUGCAAUUUUAGGUAAAGCAGCUUGCUGUAACUACACAGAAUUUGAGUCACAGGCAGGUCGGCAAUGUUCAAAAACCUAGAAUCGGAUAUAUAUAUAUUUGAAAAGGCAAAGAUCCCUUGAAGCAAAACACUUUAUAAUGAAAGCCUGCAUUUAGCUGUUAACGCCUACGCAAUACCAUUCGUCUGCCCAGAAAUCUGAGCUGCAGUUGCUGCCGUCGCUUCCCAAAAUUGCAUUCCAUGCGUAGAGUUGGUCGGUCGAUAUACCAUUAUUUGUUGCAAACUCGUCACAUGUGUCGCCACUUUGUGCUUCCGCAAAUUUGUUGCAAUUGCUUGCAAUUCCGGAUUGAGUCGGACCAGGGGCCGUCACGGACGUCGUAGAUGUGGCGGCGGGAACAUUAGACGGUAUAUUAUUCGAUGUAGUGGCCGCUCCACUGGCCACUCCCACACAGUAAUACUCAUUCGCCC